AUGUCGCGGCUCUGUGGACGCAAGGAGGCCCUGGGUUUGCUAUGGCACACCGUGCGAGGCUUACUAGGGGGCUUGGACAGUGAAGACAUGAGUGUGCUGGCAACUUCGCAGGACAGUGUGCGUCUCGCAAAGCAACUGCUGUCAGAUGAAGCUUUUGUGGAGCUGGUGCUCCGAGAGAUGUCUUCGGCCCUGCUGAGUUUGGCAGCCACCUGGGAAUUGGAGCUGGACUUGUGCCCCGUGGCGCCCGCAGCUGCUGGCGUCUUAUCGCUGGAGGUCAAGGACUUGGAUGUGGCCAUGUACGCGGCCGAUGCCUUCGAGGAGGAGGGCACCGAAGGGGUCGAUGUUCAGCAAGAGGAACACUCCGAAAGUGGAGCCUUCCGGGAAAUGCUUUUUGCCUGUCUUGAACUGGCGGCCAUCCCUUGUGGUGCCUUUCCGGCCAAGUUGGCAGGUUUGUACUUGUGGGGCAAUGUGAAGCUGAUCCACGGCCUUCAUCAUUUGCGCUUUGGCACCGCGGCUGUGGCCGAGACCGGCGCUCCCUUGCCCAAGCGUAAGGAGCCUACGGCUGGAGAUCCGGCGAAGGCGGUGAAGGCGGCAUUGGCAUGCCAAUUGGUGGGACAGUUGAGGCUUUGUGGUAACAUCCUCUUCGAAAACCCGCAGGGCGCCGAAUUCUUGCGCAUCUCUGGUGGAUUGCCGGCGUUGCUGUCGCACUGCUACGCAGAUCCAGAGCUCCCUCUGCUGCGAGAAGCCGGGGUGUAUGCCGUGCGGAACGCCACUCAGCAUAGCCCUGAGACUCGAGACGCCGUCCGACAGCUUCUGGCGGAAAGGCGCACCCGUGACGCAUCGUCUGCUGAGAGCGGUCCACUACCCAUGAUCGAAGAGAGCUCACUCUUCUAG